UGACGCGCAUUUCCAGACAAGAAGCCAACGUCAGGAAAUCGAAACUCCCCCGACUCCCGCGAUCACCGCCGCACAACAAGAACAAGAAGACGACCACCACCCUGUUGCUUUGUGAAAGAAAAUACAAGAAAAGGGGUUGCAUGUCUAUCCGAGGCCUUUUUACAAACCUCAUCUGGGGUUUAUUUGGUUUUAGCUGGUGGGUUUGUCGAAGACUCAUCCAACUUCCUAAAUUUGUGGUUUGUUGGGUUUCAAGCCUUUUGUACUUGACGCAAGAGAUGGGUGAACCAUUUGAGAAGUAUCAGACCAUAGCGGAUUUUGGAUAUGAAUUUAAUAAAGAUGGGCAGCUCAGAAAGAUUGAGGGUGGGACAUGUUUCCAGUUCAACUACUUUAACAACAGGGAUCGUGACCAGCAGCGUUACGAGGCAUUAGGAGAGGUCAUAACCGAGCAUGUUUACGAACUUCUGGUGAAGGAAUGUGGACUGGAAAAGCAUUACGUUCCUGUCGACGCCAUCAAUGACGAUGAACCCUUCAGCUUCAUCUUCAUGAGCCCCGGGGCGCUGCAGCAGGAGAAGCUGCUGCUGCUCGUUCACGGAAGCGGAGUGGUGCGGGCUGGCCAGUGGGCUCGGAGACUCAUCAUCAACGACUGCCUCGACUCCGGCACUCAGAUCCCCUACAUCAAGCGAGCCAUGGAGGAAGGGUACGGUGUCGUGGUUCCGAACACCAACGACAACCGCAUUGACGGAGAGAGACUGGAGCGGGAGAGAAAGAGGAUGGAGGCCUCCAAGAAGGAUCUGCAGGCCGAAUCAACGCAGAGCGAGGAGGCUGUGAGUGACUCGGAGAAGCCGGAGAAGGACGAGCAUGAGAGCGAUGUGGAAUCGGGGACUUGGAGACAGACGUCGCGUCGGAGAUAUCACUACGUUAGGGACAACGAAAACCCGGAGGACCACAUGGAGUACGUAUGGAAGAACUUCGUGGACAAGUCCGUAGCAAAAAAAGUCUUCAUCGUGGCUCACAGCUACGGUGGCGUGGCCGUGGUGAACCUGGCCAAGAAACAUCCAUGUGUGCUGGACAGGUUAUCAGCUGUGGCAUUCACAGAUUCUGUCCACGGGUUGUAUGGCGGUAAUCAAAGAGUCGUCGACUGGUUCAAAAAGAACUGUGUCAACUGGGUGAGUAGUCAAGAGCAAUUGAACACCAGAAUUAUGGGCUAUAGAGAUGAAGACUGCAUUUUGCUGUCUGCUGGCACCAUGCAGCACGAAUUGACCUCUUAUUCUGCAUACGGAUCCGUCUUUACAUACUUCGACGAUAAAUUGAAAAAUCCCAACUGCCAGCCUCGAUGGCAAGAACGAGAUCAACAGCCGGAGGUGAUGGAAGCGUCCACGCCGGACAUUUAUGAUGUUGAUGACAGGAUGAGCGUCGGGAGAAACGAUGACGCAGGGAAGAACGAACACGAGGAACUGGGGGGGGGCACGGAGGCAGAGUGUGCGGCGCCAGUGACGGAGGACGAGAAGAGGUCCGGGUCACACAAGGAUGACAAGGAGGGGGAAACUGGAACCAAGCUGAAGGAGUUGGAGGAUGGGAUGGACCGGAAGAGAGAUUCGCAAUCCACGAAGCCAGAGAAGCCAGAUGUUAAAAACGAGAGUGAGCACGAGGUCAGCCAGACGGCAGCGUCGGGCACUAACGACGACGGGGGUAGCGCCACGAUCCCAGACGCAGCCCCGACACAAACGGCGGGCGGCGGCGAGGACGACUCCAUGGAGAUACAAACUGAGGCGGCGGCGGCGGCGGUGAACGAAGAAAGCGUCAGGGCAAAGCAAAAGGGAGUCAGCGACCCCGAGGCAAACGGCACCGAGGGAGGAGCGGCGAAGGCCGCCGACGUGGAGAUGCCGGUGCGCGGCUCAGCUCCCGCCUCGGCCGCAGAGCACGGGAACGCCGAGAGGGCGGAGCAGCCAAAGGUGCAGCAGGAGGCCCGCGGCCAGCCGGGGAUGAUGCCGCAGUGGGAUGGCACGGCCAUGGAGACCAACGGGGUCGAGAAGGGCGGUGAGCAUCGCGACGACACCGGGAGACCGCCGGCCGCGGCCGGAAAAGAAGGGAACGAGAAGACGGGGGACGAGGAGACGGGGAACGAGAAGGCGGGGGACGAGGAGACGGGGAACGUCGACGCGGAGGAGACAGCCGCCGCUGACGGAAGCAAUGGCGAGGGCGAGGCCUCGAUGAUCGACCUUGGCGGCGCGACCAAAGACGAGACGGACGCAGCUUCGGAGCCCGAGAGCCGGCAAGAGGAGACGGGCAGAACGGAGAAGGCAGAACUGCCGCUCCAUGAAGAUCUGUGAAGAGAGCGAGAGAGAGGAGGCCCUUCUGACACGAUUCGUCAUGAAAGGAUCAAACAGCCUAUCCGGAGGACUCUUACUACUUCGGGUUUUUUUUGUCCGGUAUGAUGCCUGAGAUUGGAUAAUUGGUGUUUUUGGUGGGUAGGGUUAAUGCGAUUCCGAUCACCGAUUGAUUGCAAGGUAUUUGUUCUAAAUGUAACUUUUGAUCGAUGUCCCAGUGUAGAAUGUGUAUAAAGUUUUAUUCGGUAUGAGCCAUUGUAAUUUGCGGUGUAAAUUGGUGAACAUAUAUAAGCGUGACCAUUCACUUCUUAAAGCCAGUGCGGCUGUUCUGGGUAAAAUACUCUUCAUCGUUGACACUGCAAGUAAAACAAUUUCAGGGGGGUAGGUUUAAUAUUGAAUGUUAACUUACAGGGCAUGCAUUAACUAGAGCCUUACUUUUUUAACUGCAAUGUUAUUGUACAAAAAUGUGGUCUUACGAUGACGAGAAAAACAAAGAUGACAACUGAAGGGCGGAAGAAAGAAAUCCACGUUUAUCAUCGAGAAUCUUCCCAAAAUUCCCGCUUUUUCAAGAAACGAAAAUGAAACGCUCAGCAUUGAACAGUGGUUCAGAUCAGAGGUCGCAAACGGGUUUUGAUUCCUUACCCGUACCCGGCCGCACCAGGGUCGCAAACGGGUACCCGUACCCUACCCGAUACCCGGCUACCCGUACCCGGCUGGGUACGGGUAGCCGGGUAUUGCGACCUCUGGGAUGAAGCCAUGUUGCAGGCGCGGGUGGGUUGAUUCUAGGAACUUGAAUUGUGAGAAGAGACAAGACGUUGGGAAAUGAGUGACAAACGGUGACUCACCAGUGACUCACGGCCCACCCGUACCCGGCCGGGUACGGGUAGUCGGGUAUCGGGUAGGGU